AGGACGAACGGGUCAAUUUUGUCCCGAAAGAUUACGCUUCAAUGUCAAAGUUAAGACCUUUCUCGAUCUCGAUCCUCUUUUCUUCCUCAAACAAGUGCUGAAUUUCUCGAGGGUUUAAGCUGAGAUGAUUGUUUCGAAAUCGUGUAAGCUGUUGAUGAUCACCAAGGAUAAGGUCAUCAGCGCGGAUAAAUCGGUGUGAAUUUGGCCCCGAGAUACCCCAACUGUUUCCGAUUAAUAGGUUUUCCAGGAGAAGACCGAUCUUUUCUCGAAAUCGGUAGUAGACGAAACCCUAAAAGCAGGGGUUCGAUUCCGGCCCAAUUUCAGCGUGAAAUUGCCACCAGGGGCUGGAUAGAGCAUGACUACUUAUGGCCAUACCAGGAUGUGCGCAAUUUAGACCAAGCUUCCACAGAGAUGGGGAGAAAUGAUGUCUCUGUCGGUUUUCAAAGGCUUUCUCGAGUCGCCAUUGGGGUGUCUUCUACUUGUCCCUGAAAGGAGGGAUCAGGACAGCGAUCGAGAGAGGCUUAUGGGGAUGAUGAGCCGAUCGAGAGAGAUCCGUUCAGGGAAAGAGAGACUGAGAUGGCACGAAACAGAGGACAGAUGGAGCCUCUCUGCUUCCCUACCAUGUCUCCUGAAACUUUUAGCAGCUGAAUUGGGAUGCUUGGAUUGCAGCGAAUGGAUUCAGUUCUGUUUCAUUGAGCACUUGAUAUACAUCUUUCAGUUCCUCUGGUUAUGAGAUUUCCUCUUUGUCUGUUUCUUUUGCUCCCCAAGAGGAUCUUUGUCACACUGUUGUUUGGUUAUGAGAUUUCCUCUUUGUAUGAUAUACAUACACACUGAUUAAGGUACAACUGUGUGGAAACGGCGUUCUGGUUUGAAACAGGUUUGUGCUGAAGGAAGAGGGAGAGAUCUAGAACCAACCUAACUCCCAAAGUCACACAAAUCAGGUGAAAUGAUCACCUAAAAUACUGGUGGGAGCAAACCACAACAGAUCCAAUUCUCCACCCUCUUUGCGCCCCCACCCCUUUUCUGCAGCUUCAGAUCUUUUAUAUAUAACCACAGCUAUCAACCCACCACUCUCCACACACCGAUGAUUUCGGGAGAAGCCAAAGGGAUGAGACUCCAAUGGCAAGCGGCACCCCUUCUCCUGCUUCUUCUGAUGCUGUCCGCCGUACGCAGCCAGAGGAUGCCCAUUCCUGCCCAGCGGCCACUCUGCACCUCCCAGUACGCGUUGGCUAAUUACGCAUGCUCCCAUCUGCCCUUGAUCCCCAACCCCCCUCUCCCUUCUGCCUCCCAGCUUCCUCCCCCUCCCGCACCGGAGGCUAACCCACCACCCUCACCACCAGCCCAUCCAACUCCUGACAAUGACCAUGACGAUGACCACGACCAUGACCAUGACCAUGAGCACGAGGACCACCACCGCCACCACCACAGCAGCCACAAGCACCACCACCACGGGCACCACAGGCACAAGGCUCGCAAGGUUGAGUAUAAGGAGUCGUUUGCAGAGGCAGAAUGUUGCAAAUGGCUGAAGCAAAUGGACAACGAAUGCGUGUGUGACCUUCUCCUUCACUUGCCCCCUCUUCUGGCGAGGCCUGUUCACGACUACACCGUCUUUGUGGACGAGUCCUGCAUCGUCACUUUCUCCUGCGGCGGUAGAUUCAUCCGGUGAUUCGUGGAUAAUAUGUCGUCAUCGUAAUGUUUUCUGACUUCCUUCCCUUUCCCUUUGUAUGAGAUUUUAUGAUAUAUAUAUGUUGAAAAUCUUCUCAAAUGGUUCUCUGUUUCAAUAAAGUUACAGCCUGUAUUGGAUCUC